AUGCUGCUCAAUCGUACUCGAUCGAAUGUGGACCCUCAUAUCAAAACUGAUGAAGGACGCAAAAAAAGCAAGGUGCCAGGAGAUAAAGGAGCUGUCGGAUGCGACGGAAGAUUUGAGGUAUGCUUCCAAACAGAUACUGGGGGCCUGGUGAAUUGGUGUAAGAACCUCCAAGAGGCAUCACAACGAGUGAAGAACGAUGUCUGCUGUGAUCCUAUAUGCGAGAGACGCAAGUCAACCAAGGGCCUCCGCCCACCGUUGAACAUUGCAAUACACAUAGUCGGUUCCCGCGGCGAUGUUCAACCUUUCAUACCGAUUGCUCAAAUCCUUUCCAAGCCCCCGUAUGAGCAUCGAGUGCGCAUUUGCACGCACCCUGCGUUCAAAGACUUUGUUGAGUCUCAGGGGGUCGAGUUCUUUAGCAUUGGCGGUGAUCCUGAAGCGCUAAUGUCAUACAUGGUGAGGAAUCCGGGUCUGUUUCCCAAUCGAAAAAGUGUCAGGGCAGGUGAUAUUGGAAAAAGAAGGGCGGAGAUGUGGGAGAUUAUAAAUGGUGCGUGGCGAAGUUGUAUCGAAGCUGGAAAUGGAAUGGGGGAUCCUGUCAAAGCUACCGACGUAGAGGAUGUUGAGGAUCUCUUUCUUGCAGACGCCAUUAUCGCCAACCCGCCAUCUAUUGCACACAUCCAUUGCGCCGAAAAGCUAGGGAUCCCGCUACAUAUGGUUUUCACAAUGCCAUUUUCUCCCACUUCGGCUUUUCCACACCCAUUGGCCUCGAUGAACUACGCUGGUGCGGAUGCCAAGACAGCCAAUUAUCUUUCUUUCGUUGUGAUGGAAUUGUUGAUGUGGCAAGGCCUCGGAGAUUUAAUCAACAAGUUCCGCCGCCAAAAGCUUGGGCUAGAUCCUAUCAGCGUCAUGUGGGGAUACCAGCUCCUGUCUAGACUCCGCGUACCGUUUACCUAUCUCUGGGCCCAGUCUCUAAUACCCAAACCACCUGACUGGGGCUCGCACAUCGAAAUCGCUGGAUAUUCAUUCCUGCCACUCGCCAGCUCUUACACGCCUCCACCCGAAUUGACAGCUUUUCUCGAGGAUGGGCCCGCCCCCAUUUACAUUGGUUUCGGAUCUAUUGUUGUUGAAGAUCCCGAUGCUCUUUCAGAGCUCAUCUUCGGAGCUGUUAAGCUUGCUGGAGUUCGUGCCAUUAUUAGCAGAGGGUGGAGUGGUGUGGGGGAUAAGUGUACCGUCCCAAAAGAAGUUUUCUUGAUUGAUAACUGUCCACACGACUGGCUGUUCAAGCGCGUCUCGGCGGUAGUUCAUCAUGGAGGUGCUGGUACCACUGCCGCCGGAAUCGCGGCUGGCCGACCUACUGUCAUUAUCCCUUUCUUUGGCGACCAACCUUUCUGGGGGAAGAUGAUUGCACGCUCUGGAGCUGGACCAGAACCAGUGGCGUUCAAAGCAUUGACAGCGGAAAUCCUUGCCGAGAGCAUAACCUUUGCUUUGUCCCCGAGCGCUCAAGAGGCCGCAAAACGAAUGGCGGCAGAUAUUUCUCAAGAAGAUGGUGCAGAAGAUACCGCAAAGAGGUUCCAAGAUCGCAUUGCAUUGGACAAAUUCGAAUGCGAGAUUUGUCCAGGCCUCUUAGCUACUCAUUGGCAUAAGAAAACGAAGACGCGCUUGAGUGGCUUUGCUGUUGCAUGCUUAGUUGAUCGCGGGCUAAUACAACCCCCUGAGCUUGACCUUAUACGACGCAAAAAUUGGUACGUCGAUGAAGGUGUUGAGCAUCCUUUAGUGGGGUUUGUAUCCGCAUUCACUGGUCCCGUGAUGGACAUAACCACAGCAACGUUCGACUACAGUCAUGCUUUGAGAUCUCGACCCAAGCAUGCCCCUGCGCCACCAGAAGGUAGAAGGCAAUCAUGGCUUGAUCCAUGGGCAAAGGAUAAGAUCGAGAAUGGAUCAAUAGCAAGCAACGGGACGUCUCCGAGCCGUCGAAUUAAUCCCACCACUUUCUCUCGUAGAGAAAUGGAGUUGUAUGCCUCGAAAGUGGCGAGGAAAUCCAUAAAGACCAAUAACGCCGAUGUCGAUACCCUUCUUCGACCGCCAACUCUGUAUGAUAAACAGAAAGCGGCAUGGCACGCGCGAGAGAAAGGUCGAAAUGGCCGCAUCUUCUACUUAACUCGUGCGACUGGCCGGUAUGCUUCUGAGUUAACCAAAGUAACCCUAAAAGUUCCUGUAUCUUUCUUUUAUAACAUUGCAAAUGGAUUUCACAAUUACCCUUCGGUCGGCUAUGCUGGGGUUGAAGUACGUCGCCGAGACCAGAUCGUCAAUUUUGAAACUGGUCUUGCGGCAGCCGGCAAAGAGUUUACGCUCGGAAUGUGGGAGGCCUUUAGCGGGGUGGUUGUCUGGCCUUACAAAAGUAUUCAUGAAGAUGGUGCGAAAGGAAUCGGCAAAGGUGUAUGGCGCGGCUCAAAAGGCUUUUUCUCCAACUUGGGUGCCUCAACUUUUGGUUUGCCAGGUUAUACGCUUAAGGGUGUGGAAAGGGAGCUGCAAAAGCACCAUCUCACUUACUGUAAAGCCGAAAUCAUUCUAAUCAGGCUACGACAAGGCAUUGAAGCUUUUCGAAACGCCACUCCACGAGAGAGAGAUGGAGUUGUCUGUCGAUGGCAGAAACACAUCCAAAAGAAAGGUUUGUGA